AUGAGCAUUGUCCCAAACCACAACUACAGAUCCACCGUAUCGUCCACUGACGGCCACCAGACCGCUUCCAACGCGGCUCCUGCGCUUCCAGACACCUUGAGAAGCCAAAACGGCGGCGCCACGCCGCUGAGCACUCUCGUCAACGGGAAACACCCCUUGGAGCCCAAACUGCAAAACUGGGACCACACACAACGCCAAAGAGACCUACAGCAGUACCGCCAGGUGUUUGGCCUCGCAGAACCUAUGAAACGCGAGAUGGAGCUCGCCAUUGUGCAAAACUCCGAUUUCAACCCUCUGUCACUUGGAACGGCAUCGUCGUCUUCUAAUUUGACCUCUGGACUGCACCAGGAUAUCUUGCGGAACCGCGAGGCAAGCGUCGACUGGGAAGACGUGUACCCUGGCUCCGUUGUUUCCGGAGGCGUUUCACUGGGCGUGGACGUUCACGGUGCAAUUGAGAAAUCGCUGGGCAUUUAA